AUGCGGGCCCUGGUCAAGGAUGUUGUCGGCUACAACGCCCUGGGACACUGCUUCUUUACUGAGGAUGGGCCAGAAGAACGCAACACGUUUGAUCACUGCCUUGGACUGCUUGUUAAGCCUAGCACUCUCCUUCCAUCUGACCGAGACAGCAAAAUGUGCAAGCUGAUUACAGAAGGGGCCUACCCAGGGUAUAUCCCCAAACAGUGCUAUGAUGUGCCGAGUGCAGAAAAGUUCCAAACUCCUUGUGUGGGCUCAGAGAUGAUGUCUGCUGUCAAUGCUUCCGAAUUCACACAUGUCGUGUUCCUUCUGCCUGGGGUACCUGGGCAGGAAGACGCCCGUAUCUGGAGCUCUGUUGCCUUCUGCUUAAUAUAUGCUAUUGCUGUUGCAGGCAAUUCAGUCAUUCUGUUCAUUAUAAGAACAGACCCAAGCCUCCAUCAGCCCAUGUACAUUUUCCUUUCCAUGUUGGCCCUCACAGACCUUGGCUUUUUGAUCGUUACCAUGCCGACGAUACUGGGUGUGUACUUGUUUAACUUUAGGGAGAUCAGCUCCCAUGCCUGCAUUUCCCAGUUGUACUUUUUUGCCGUGCUUAUGUUCACUGAAUCUGCCGUGCUCCUGUCGAUGGCCUUUGAUCGCUUCAUCGCCAUCAGUGACCCGCUGAGAUACGCUUCCAUCCUAACCCUGCCGAGAGUAGCCAAGAUGGGGCUGGUGUGUGUGCUAAGAGCACUUGCUUUAAUACUCCCGCUCCCCCUUUUCGUGAGACAGUUCCAAUACUGCCAAUCCAAAGUCCUCACCCAUUCCUACUGCCGGAAUGAGGACAUGUUGAAGUUGUCUUGCUCCGAUAUCAGAGCCAGCAGCAUGUACGGCUUGAUCAAUAAAACCUUAGCCAUGGGGUUGGACUUGCUGCUCAUCUUCGUCUCUUACGUAAUGAUCCUCAAAACCGUGCUGAGCAUCGCGUCCCAAGAAGAGAGCCUCCGGGCCCUAAACACCUGCGUCUCCCACCUCUGCGCCGUCCUCCUCUUCUACACACCAGAGUUCAGCUUGUCGGUGAUAACCAGGUUCGUGAAGAACACGUCUCCUUUUCUUCAUAUGCUUCUGAGCUACAUCUCCCUGCUUGUCCCACCCCUGAUGAAUCCGAUUGUGUACAGCGUGAAAAGCAAACCCCUGCGUGCAAGGAUCAUCAAAGUGUUCUCCAAGUGA